CUCUAGCAAAUUACGUAAUUCAACUAAAUUCUUGGGACUAUUGGGUGUGUUCGAACAACAAUUCCAAUUCCGACGUUCCCCCGACACCUAGUUGCUAGAACCUCUCAUUUCCCCGUCUAGAACUUUUCAUCGUCAUGAAUUAUAAACUAAAAGUCACGAUUCCUGUUGUUGUAUGCGGUGGUGCCGUUCUUGCAUAUUACCUCAUCAGACGAAAAGCCGCAGCAAUGGUGGACGCCGCAACCAUCGAGAAAUUAGAGGCUGGUUUCAGCAAGCUCCAGGCCUCUGAGUCGAAGUCAUUGCUGAAGAAAUACCUCACCAAGGAGGUGUUCGAGGCUCUCAAGAACAAGAAGACCUCAUUCGGUUCCACUCUUUUGGAUUGCAUCCAGUCUGGUAUUGAAAACUUGGACUCCGGUGUUGGAAUCUAUGCACCAGAUGCCGAAGCCUACUCAGUGUUUGCUGACCUGUUUGAUCCCAUCAUCGAGGACUACCACAAUGGUUUCAAGAAAUCUGACAAGCACCCCGCCAAGAACUGGGGUGAUGUAGAGACCCUCGGUGACUUAGACCCCAACAAUGAAUUUGUUGUUUCCACCCGUGUUCGUUGUGGCCGUUCCCUGGAGGGAUACCCCUUCAACCCCUGCCUAACAGAGGCCCAAUACAAGGAGAUGGAGGAGAAGGUCUCCUCCACCCUCUCAGGUCUCGAAGGUGAACUCAAGGGCACCUUCUUCCCACUCACUGGCAUGUCCAAGGAGACCCAGCAGCAGCUGAUCGACGACCACUUCCUGUUCAAGGAAGGCGACCGUUUCCUCCAAGCGGCCAACGCCUGCCGCUUCUGGCCGACCGGCCGUGGUAUUUACCACAAUGAGAACAAAACCUUCCUUGUGUGGUGCAACGAGGAGGACCACCUCCGCAUCAUCUCCAUGCAGAUGGGCGGAGACCUGAAGCAGGUCUACAAGAGGCUGGUAAACGCCGUCAACGACAUCGAGAAGCGGAUCCCCUUCUCCCACCACGACCGCCUCGGAUUCCUGACCUUCUGCCCGACCAACCUCGGCACGACGGUCCGCGCCUCGGUGCACAUCAAGCUGCCGAAGCUGGCCGCGGACAAGGCCAAGCUGGAGGAGGUGGCUUCCAAGUACCACCUCCAGGUGCGCGGCACCCGCGGCGAGCACACCGAGGCCGAGGGCGGCGUCUACGACAUCUCCAACAAGCGGCGUAUGGGACUCACCGAGUACGAAGCCGUCAAGGAGAUGUACGACGGCAUCGCUGAACUGAUCAAAAUCGAGAAGUCCCUGUAAUUUUCGAUCUCGCGCUAUCAGUAUUUGUUUUUUUUUAAUUUUGUGUAUUAUUUAUCGUUCUCAAGUAAGUAUUGUAUGUUGGCUGGGCUGCCGGGCGACACUAGCUGACGGAGCCCCCCCGGGCGCGCGGGCGGCCCUAUAUACUGUUUUCGUAAAAGUAUUUUCUAUAAGGAAAUGACAAAAUAAAGACAGCUAGCGUUAAGACCA